AUGAACAAAGAGAACAUCGCAGAGUCGUCCAGCGUGCCGGAAACUCAGAAGCACGAUAAUCAGGACGAAUACAAAUAUUUGGAGCAGGUGCAGAAGAUUCUGAAUGACGGAAACCUGCGAACGGAUCGGACGGGCACUGGCACCAUCUCGAUCUUCGGAAUGCAAUCAAAAUACAGUCUAAGAGACGGUAAGUUGAGUGAAAUUAGUCGGAGGGAACGCAAAGAUUUAGACACGAUUCCGUUGUUGACGACGAAAAGAGUGUACUGGAAGGGAGUGGUCGAAGAGCUGCUCUGGUUCAUUUCGGGCUCGACAGAUGGCAAGUUGCUGAGCGCGAAAAACGUGAAGGUAAGUAAUUUGAGCGUGAAGCUGAGGAAAGUACACAUUUCAGAUCUGGGAGAAGAACGGCGACCGCGCUUUUCUCGACAAGCUCGGAUUCCAUUCCCGGGAAGAAGGAGAUUUGGGACCGGUCUACGGAUUUCAGUGGAGACAUUUCGGGGCGAAAUACGUAGAUUGUCACACUGAUUAUACUGGACAAGGUGUUGAUCAGUUGGCCGAAGUGAUUCGGCAGAUCACGGAGGAUCCGGACAGUCGAAGAAUAAUCCUGUCCGCGUGGAAUCCUUCCGAUCUCGGACAGAUGGUACUGCCGCCGUGUCACACAAUGUGCCAAUUCUACGUCGAAAAUGGCGAGCUCUCCUCUCAACUGUAUCAGCGAAGUGGAGACAUGGUUCUUGUGUCAUAAGAAAUAAGCAAGUAACAUUUACUUCUGCAGGGUCUCGGAGUUCCGUUCAACUUGGCCAGCUACGGUCUCCUCACACAUAUGAUCGCCAAAGUGUGCGGUCUGAAAGCGGGAACAUUGGUGCACACACUCGGCGACGCGCACGUCUACUCGAACCACGUGGAGGCUCUCAAGACGCAGUUGCAGCGGGAGCCGUACGCCUUCCCCAAGAUCCGUUUUACCAGAGAUGUCAAGUCGAUCGAUGAUUUCUCGUCGGAUAUGAUCGUCCUCGAAGGAUACAAAUGUCAUCAGAAAAUCGCCAUGGAUAUGGCCGUCUAA